AUGAUAUUUAGAGGAUUGGUUAACUUCUCAAAUGCUUCCAAGGGUCUUGUUGGAAUAGAAUCCCGUGCGGAGGAAAUUAUGAGCAAACUUUGUAUAGGGUUGGAUGAUGUUUGCUUUUUGGGGAUUCAUGGGAUGGGUGGAAUUGGGAAGACUACCCUAUCAAAAUUCAUUUAUGAAAGAGUUUCUCAUCAAUUUGAAGCUAGUUGCUUUAUUACUAGUAUUAGAGAAGAAACUAGAACUGAUUAUGAUCUAUUUUAUCUACAAAAACAACUUAUUUCUGAGAUCCUCAUGGACAGAGAAAUAAAUAUAUGGAAUAGCUAUGGGGCAACUAGAGUGAUAGCGAACAGAUUACGUAAUAAAAAGGUUCUUAUUGUUCUUGACGAUGUGGAUGGAGAAAAACAACUAAAAGCAUUAGCAGAGAGCCAUGAUUGGUUUGGUCAAGGGAGUAGAAUCAUUAUAACAAGAAGAGAUCGUCAUUUGCUGAACAGAUUUGUGGAUAUUACAUAUGAUGUUAAGGUGCUCAAUGUUGUUGAAGCUUUACAACUAUUUAGUUUGAAAGCCUUCAAGAAACCCCGUCCUGAAGAAAAUUACGUUCAAUUGUCUAUGGAUAUUGUGAAUUACGCUCAAGGCCUUCCUUUAGCUCUUGAAGUUUUUGGUUCCCUCUUAUUUGGUAGAACAAUGGAUGAAUGGAAGAGUGCCAAGGAUCUACUAAAAGAAAAUCCCAAUGCAGAAAUUUUGGAUAAACUUAAAAUAAGUUAUGAUGGAUUAGAGGAUUUGCAGCAAAAAUUGUUUUUAGAUAUUGCAUGUUUCUUCAAUGGAGCAUUCAUAGAAGACAUCAAAUACAAACUAGAAUGUUUUGGUUACUAUCCGGACUUCAAUAUGAAAGUUCUUGUGGACAAAUCUCUUAUAACUAUGUCAGAGGGAAUAUUUGUGGACAAAAAUCUUAUAAUUAUGAAAGGGAGAAUGUUGCAGAUGCACGAUUUGUUACGAAAAAUGGGUAAAAAAAUAGUUCGUUGUGAGUCUGCUAAGGAGGAGCCUGGCGAAUGCAGUAGACUGUGGUGUAACAAGGAUGUCAUUCAUGUAUUGAAAAAUGAUAGUGGAACUGAUGCGGUUAGAGGCAUUGUCCUAAAAUUACCUUUACAAAAAGAAGAGCGACUAAAUGUUGAAGCCUUCGCAAAGAUGAAACAAUUGCAAAUGCUUCAGAUUAGCCACACUAAUAUUGUAUCACGUUUUUCUAAAGCUCGUAAUGAUUUACUCACUAAUCUGGAAUGGCAUGGAGAUCCUUCGAAUUUCAUGCUAAGCAAUGAGUUAUGCGUUAUAGAAUGGUGGGUAUAUCCUUUAGAAUCCUUGCCGGCCAGUUUCCAAUCAAACAAGCUUGUUGAGCUCAUAAUGCCUUACAGCUCCAUCAAACAAUUGUGGGAUGGAAGGAAGAGUUUUGACAAAUUGAAACACAUUGACCUAAGUCAUUCUCUAAACUUGAUCAAGACACCAGAUUUGAGCGGAGUCCCAAAUCUUGAGAAACUAAAGCUUUCAUAUUGUACAAAUCUGUCCAAGGUCCGCCGAUCCAUUGGAUUUCCAAGAUAG